AUGCCCGCCGCGUCGUUCACGUCCCACUCUCGAGGAGUCGAUCGAAGCGCCGAGACGGUGGAGUUCCGCGUCCCAACUUCGAGAGGCGGCGGAGUUGAACGAGGUGACGCUUCGUUCACCACGGUCGUCGUUGAACAGAACAAAAAGGAUUGCGCGGCUGGUAUCGGUACCAACAGAGAUCCAACGGCGCGUUGGGUGUGGGAUACGUCGCCUCGGAUGUGCGAAUAUCUUUGCCACGGCAUGAACCCGGAGAGGUUGGUGAGAGGAAAAAGGGUACUCGAGAUAGGCGCAGGGGCGGGACUGCCCGGACUGGUCUGCUCGCGCCUUGGGGCAGAGUCUGUCACGCUAACGGACCUUCCGCAAGAGUUAAAGUUGCUCGAGCGCAACGCGCAAAUCAACGCGAUGAAGUCCGACGCACCCGUCGAUGUUCGCGCGUGCGCGUGGGGCGAGCUCGAUGAUUGGCGCCAAACUAACGGAGAGCACGAGACAUUUGACCUCGUGCUCGUAUCGGACGUGCUCUACCAUCAGCCCAAAGAAGUGCUGCACGCUCUUGCAGAGACGAUCAAGGCGCUGGUCUCGAACCAAGGGAUCGUCCUCUUUGGGUAUUAUUUCCGUGAAAAUCUUGUCGCUGACAUGGUGCUGUUCGAUUUCAUUGAUAGUAGCUUCAAUGAGCGUUCGAGAGUGUCUUUCGAGGACGACCCGAAUGUCUGUUCCAUCAUAGUCUCUUGCCAAUUUCCGCUCGCAGCCACUGCACGGAAACGCGAGCACGUGCACAUUUCGCGGCGUUCAAGCUCUCGCAUGAGCGUAGUCGCAGCGUCUAUAACGUCGCGUCCUGUUCGUCUUUCAUACGUCGGACGACGCGGUGGUGCGAUUAAGAGAGCCUCAGGCAGUGUGCGCUCGCUCGUGCCAGGUGUCGAUGAUGUCGAGCCUUUGGCGCAAAGCGUUUCGAGCGAGGUCGGCGUCGCUGUAGGCGUUCUCGCGCUCGGCGCCCUGCUCGUGAAGACGGCGUUGCACUUCAAGAAGCAGUUCACCCUGGCCGACGUCCUCGGCUCGCGAGUAGCCCCGGAGAGCGUCGUCAUCGAUUUGGGGAUCGAUACAAAAAAUCUGUAUUACUAUCCUAAAAGCACAAAGCUGGUAGUGUGCGUCGCUGAGGACGUGAAUUCCGUGCUCGUGAAUCAGGUUGCGAUGGAGACUGCGAUUCCUGUGCUUCCGCGCUCGGCACCGAUCUCUGGAUCGGGUGAAGGUGAUUUAUUUUGGGGCCAACGCGCGCAGAGCGCCGACGCAGUCGUGACGACGGGUUGCUUGCAAAAGUUGACAAACGAAGAGGUGAUAAUUGUUGCGAAGAAGGCAGCAAAAGUGCUCCAAGGAGGUGGACGGUUCAUCUUCGUUGAACCGGCGGCAGCGGAUCGCGGGCAAUUAUUAUUCGACGCGAUUGAAUCGACCGGUGAGUUUCAAUCUCCCAUAGCGUUUGACGAGGACUGGGCGCGACUGCCUCUGUUUCCUCACGCCGUGGGUGUCGCUGUGAAGAAGGAGAAACAAAAUCAUAGCGCGGCGGAUGAGGGCGUCCGCACAAUGAAAAGCGUGCGAAGCCGUCGCCGCAAGUAG